ACAAAGGAACCCCGCAGCGAACUGGAAAUAAGUCCGAAGUCGUUCUUUGUCUUUUAUUGUGGCAAGAAAAGCGGAGUCUGCAUUUAACCCAGUGACAGUGAAGGCAACACGCCGCGAUUGGCUGCAGUCGCGGCCAAAGCCGUGGGUCGCCAUGGAAACGUGUCUUAAAGGCGGGACUUACUCAAUCAGUGCCUCAAACUGUCGUCGCUAAUCCGCUGGAGGGCGGACGUGCUAACAUGCUACAUCGGGAUUACUUGGCGGCGACUCAGUGAGAGCCGAGGGACAUUUCUGUCGAAUUGACGCAGAAGACGCCGGCGGCGUUACCGGAGAGCGACGCCUGCGUGCGGGGUAACGUGAUGGGGAGUUGAGGAGAAAGUUCACAACUUUGUUGACGGCUUCCAGCUAGCUUGUGGCUGUUAGCCUGCCGGCGUCUGAUCGACAAGUUGGGAGUUCCGAGCUUUAGACGGACCCAUGACCCACUCCCAGGUUCUGUCCGCCUUGUUCGGCGUGGCGGAGGAGUCCGAACCGCUGGGAGCCGCCGAGUUCAUCAAAGAGCGUCUGUAUUUCGCCACGUUACGAAGCAAGCCCAAGAGCACGGCCAACACGCACUACUUCUGCACGGACGACGAGUUUGUUUACGAGAACUUCUACGCCGACUUCGGGCCGCUCAACUUGGCCAUGUUGUAUCGAUACUGCUGCAAACUCAACAAGAAGCUCAAGUCGUUCACGUUGACCAGGAAACGCAUCGUCCACUACACCAGCUUUGACCAGAGGAUGAGGUCCAAUGCCGCCGUGCUCAUCGGAGGAUACGCCGUGAUCUACUUGAAGAAAACUCCAGAAGAAGCCUACAGAGCUCUGGUCUCUGGAUCCAACGCCUCCUACCUUCCGUUCAGGGACGCGUCUUUCGGGAAUUGCACCUUCAACCUGACCGUGCUCGACUGCCUGCAGGGCAUCAGGAAGGCUCUCCAACACGGGUUCUUUGACUUUGAGACGUUUGACGUGGAUGAGUACGAACACUACGAGCGGGUGGAGAAUGGAGACCUCAACUGGAUUGUUCCCAGCAAACUUCUGGCUUUUAGCGGACCACAUCCCAUAAGAACAGUGGAGAACGGUUACCUGUUCCACGCCCCCGAGGCCUACUUCCCCUACUUCAGGAAGCACAACGUGACCUCCGUUGUGCGUCUCAACAAGAAGAUCUACGACGCCAAGCGCUUCACAGACGCCGGCUUCGACCACUACGACCUUUUCUUCCUGGACGGGAGCACGCCCAGUGACAUCAUCACACGCCGCUUCCUGUCCCUCUGCGACGGCACGCCCGGCGCCAUAGCAGUCCAUUGCAAAGCUGGUCUGGGCAGGACGGGCUCUCUGAUCGGCUGUUACCUCAUGAAGCAUUAUCGCUUCACUGCGCUGGAAGCCAUCGCCUGGAUCCGGAUAUGCAGACCCGGCUCCGUGAUUGGACCGCAGCAGUUCUUCCUGCUGGAGAAGCAGGCGUGGCUUUGGUUGCUAGGAGACAACCAGCGCUCCCAGAAGUCCAAGCUGGAGGAGAGGGCGAUGCCUCACCUCAUCGCUACGAUGGAUGACCUUACGUUGAAUCCCACUAAGUCCGCCUACAACGGCAGCGUCCGACCUUCAUCGAGUUCUGACAGCCUGCUGGAGAGCAACAUGAGUGAGCGCUCCACUCCAACUCAGGGAGACAAACUGAGAGCCUUAAAAAGUCGCCGUUCGCCGCGCCCGUCCACCGCUGGAGCGUUGAGAGUGGAGCAGACGAAUAACCACAGCAGGUCCACAUCGCAACCUCUCAGGCUGUCCAUGGGCGGGGAUCAGAGCUCCGCCUCCCCGCUGAAGUCCUUCAAGUUCCCAACAUCCUCCGCCGCCGCCGCCGCCGCCGUCAAGAGGAUCGGCAGAAGUCCCUCGUCGUCGUCCAGCAUGAGCUCUCGAUUGGCCAGCUCGCUCGGUGACGUGUACGCUGCCCAGGCGGUGGAGGACAGGAAGAUGUAUGCCUCUCGUCCUCCCCCCACCUCCUCCCUGGCCCCGCCCUCCCCAUGUAGCCAUGGUAACGGCCCCCGCGGCCCGCAACACGAGGUCCACGGCGGCGCCCUGGCAGGCUCAGCGGCGCCCCCUUCCUCGUCGUACGGCGCUCUAACCGCUCCGUCCGGACGCUACCUGAGCCGCUCGAUUCCCUCCCUUCAGUCUGACUACAUCCAGUUCUAGAAGAUCCCAGGUGCCCUGAACACAACACACUCAUGAUUAUUACCCAGGAGGCCCCGUGGCCGCUGCUGCUUUUCGAAAAGACUGAAUUUGUAUGUAAAAAGAUUUAUUUAGGUAAAAGAUUUUAGUUUUUAAAGACUCUUUUGAACGACUGUUGUCACGGUUACAGUAUUCGCUGCGUGAUUGGCGGACAAGACAUUUUAUGGACUGCUUCCUUUUGGGCUUUUUGGAUUCUGGAAUAGGAAAAGUCCUUUUAAAUCCGCGCGCACACACGCACACACACACACACACACACACACACACACUCAGGCUGUUAGCCUCGUGCUAGCAGUUAGCUUCUAGUUGCGAACUGUGACAUCUCAAAAGUUAAGACUGGAGUUGAUUGGAACAAAGUGUGUCUGAUAAAUGGCGCUGAUGAUGACGGUUAUUAAAUAAUGGACCACAUUCUUCUACCUCCUCCAUUUUUACGAGCAAUAUUGGGCACGUUCAAAUUAAAGGCUGCUGGUUACCGAAGCACAGUGGUUUAGUUUGAAGUAACACGACGACGAUGAUGAUGAUGAUGAUGAUGAUGAUGAUGAUGUGUGCCAUAAAAGGAGCGUUGGGCUGAGCUACAAGUGAACUGUAGAGAAGUGCUUCCUGUUUGUCUUUGCCGUAGCGAGCAGCUAAUAUCACAUUUUUAACUAUCUAUUGCAGGGCAUUUAUUUUGAAGCUUUCAGGAAGCUUUUAUUUUUUCAAGCUUGAAAAGAUGUUUAUUUUCCUGUAACUUGCUGGAGGAAAUAAAUGUAUUUUUGAUGA